GAUGCCCGCAGGAGACCCUCAGAUGGCCCCAACCAGCGUGUUCUUGUCUCCUGCUGGGACCCUGACUGUCACAGCCACCAGCCCGUCCCAUCAAGCAGGCCUGCCUCUGGGCCGUGGUCGGCAGACUCAUUGGUCCACACAGCCAAGUAUCAACAAGACAACGAUCGAAAUUUCUUCUGAGAGCCAAAUUUUUUAAACUUAAACUAUAUAGGUAGGUACAUUAUUAUUAACUUAAUUAGGGUCCUCCUAAGGGUUAGGAAGAGCCACACUCAAGGGGCCAAAGAGCCGCACGGGGCUCACGAGCUGCAGUUUGCCCACCACGGCUCUGGGCUGAGGCGUGGACAGACCAUGUGUCCCCACAGCCUCCCCCCACAGCCAAAUGUGAGACCGCUCUCUGCAGGCCGCCUGUCCCCCCGCCCCGACUCCCGUGGGCUCCAGCUCACUGGUCUGCCUUCUGGGUUCCGAGUCCCAGUGGCUCAAGCCGGAGCCUCGCCCCCCGCCCCCCCCAGAGCACCCUUCCUUUAUGACUUCACCCACUGAAGUCACUGGACAAUGCUGAACGUUCUAUCCCAGAGCUGGGGCCUCCAGGAGGCAGGGGCAGCCGCCCGGCCAGCCCAGAGGACUCUCCAGUAGACGGGGACACCGCUGGCCCAUGUCUCACAGGGGUGGAGGGCAGCUUCAGAGGCACGGGGUGCUCCUGGCACCAUGGAUGAUGCCGCCGUCCUCAAGAGACGAGGCUACAUCCUGGGGAUCAAUUUGGGAGAGGGCUCCUAUGCAAAAGUCAAAUCCGCGUAUUCUGAGCGCCUGAAGUUCAACGUGGCGGUCAAGAUCAUUGACCGCAAGAGAGCCCCCACAGACUUCUUGGAGAAGUUCCUUCCCCGAGAAAUCGAGAUUCUGAUCAUGCUCAACCACCGCUCCAUCGUCAAGACCUACGAGAUCUUCGAGACGUCAGAGGGCAAGGUCUACAUCAUCAUGGAGCUCGGGGUCCAGGGCGACCUCCUCGACUUCAUCAAGAGCCGGGGAGCCCUGCGCGAAGACGAUGCUCGCAAGAAGUUCCACCAGCUCUCCUUGGCCAUCAAGUACUGCCACAACCUGGACAUCGUCCACCGAGACCUCAAGUGCGAGAACCUGCUCCUCGACAAGGACUUCAACAUCAAGCUGUCUGACUUCGGCUUCUCCAAGCGCUGCCUGCGGGACGAGAGCGGCCUGCUGAUCCUGAGCAAGACCUUCUGCGGGUCGGCGGCCUACGCGGCCCCCGAGGUCCUGCAGGGCAUCCCCUACCAGCCCAAGGUCUACGACAUCUGGAGCCUGGGCGUGAUCCUCUACAUCAUGGUCUGCGGCUCCAUGCCGUACGACGACUCCAACAUCAAGAAGAUGCUGCGCAUCCAGAAGGAGCACCGCAUCAACUUCCCGCGCUCCAAGCACCUGACGAACGAGUGCAAGGACCUCAUCUACCGCAUGCUGCAGCCCGACGUCCACCGGCGGCUGCACAUCGAGGAGAUCCUCAGCCACUCGUGGGUGCAGCCCAGGCCCCGGGGCCUCAGCAAGGAGGGGGGGGGGCUCCUGGGCACUGAGCCCCUACAGGUCCCGGAGCCCUCGCGGACCCCUGAGCCCUCGAUGACUACCCAGCACUCGCGGACCCCUGAGCCCUCGCAGACUACCGGGCACUCUCGGACCCCUGAGGCCUCGCGGACCCCUGAGGUCUCGCGGACGACCGAGCCCGGCUCUGACAAGAAGUCUAUCUCCCACCAGGAGCCCCAGGAGGAGGCACAGCCUGAGGUGAUGCCAGAGUCAAAGCCCCAGGAGGAAACGGAGCAAGGGCAGGUCUCCAGGCAGCUGGAGAGCACGAGCCUGAUCGCCCCCACAGGGCAGCGGAGCAGUGAGACAGUGGAGGGGCGCUCUCCAAAGCCCCCACAGACCCAGUGAGCCUCUCACCGGGCCCAGGGGCUGGCAGGGAAGGAGGCGGAGACGCAGCUUUGAGCCUGGGCUCCAGACAGGUGAGACCCAAGAGGUGAAGGACAACCCCCAGAUGAGCCACUAUUUUUGUCAAUUUCCC